AUGGUGACCGACCCUAGCGGAUCCGCAGAACUCACCAGGCCGUCCCCAUCGAGAUACGAGCAUCCCUGGGUCGUGGACCGCACGCCCACGCGCCUCGACGCCGAACAGGCGCACCGGCCGCUGGACCCGGGCCUCGUCGUCUCGUUCAAACACGCCAUGCGCAACGAGACAGCCAGGGAUGCCGUCUACUUUGAUGCCGAGACAGAGGUCCUCGUGAGCGCGGGCUCCGCCGUCAUGGACAUCCACUACCCGGCCACCUUGGUCUUGGAAGCGCCGCCGGCACUGCCAGAGUCGGUGCUGGCCCGGCUGCUGGAUUCAUACUGCACGUUGGUCCAUCCCACCUUGCCUUUCCUCGCCCGCGUCCCCGCCGAGACCCUCCAGCCCGCACGGCUCUCCGGAUACCUCUCCUGCGCAAUGGCUACCAUGGGCUCACUGGCGGUCCAGUCCCCGCUGAUUUCGAACGCCAUGCCGGCUCUUCUGCUUGCGGACGUGCUACGCUCCUUCCACUACGGUCACCUGCUGACUCUAUCUUCGCUCGAGUGCCUCUCCGGGCCCGCCUAG